UAGUAUUGCUGUCUGUUACAUUUCCCAGUCGUGGCAGUGRAACGUGCUAAUAUUUCCAGAGUGGAAAGCUCGAGUAUUAAGCGCUCAUUUACUCYGUUUCUGAAAUGGUCUGCUCAACGCAGCAUGUUUACAGAUGGCUGGUUAACAUUUGACGUCUGAUAAGUUCUAAACUGCGCUGYGCGUUAAAUUCCUAACGGUGAGCUAUCGUACGACUACCGCCGGUAGCCAGGGACUCUGGUUGGAUUUGACACUUGUAUCCGUCCGACUGUCACGGAGAAGGCACCUAUUCGUCUGCGGCAAGGUGCAGGCUGACUGAUCCACUGGAGAGCACCUUUUKGGGAGGUAGACCAGGACCGAGCAGUGGAGCACGUCUGAGGCUUUCAGACCCAGGGCUAGYCGAGCUAGCGAGUUGCUGCCAAAAAAACAGCACGGAGAGMGCCUGAAAACAGUUUGCCUGGGUGGCAGCAUCACAUUGUCAGACCCUGGAAAAUGGCCCACCUGGGAGGCAGUCAAAACCAGAAGGCUGCAUGCUUGGGGGUCAGUUACUUACAUUAAACAGCACAGCGGCAAGCCUGAAUGGUUUGGGGACCCUGAGAGCAGCGCGCUGCCUUAGGGGCUGAGAGGGACUGAAAGGGGAGCCUGGGCUGCAUCAUCAGCCGAUAAUAGCCCGCCAGGUGGCAAAGGCUGUAAGAAGAACAGUAAGACCCAGCAGAGCSAGGGUGAGAAGAACAAUCCACAGGUUUCAGCUGGGUCUCCUCUCUUCUCAGCACAUCACGUGCUAGCCUCUAGAACCAGGGGUGGGCCUGCCCCACCGAUGUUCCACACAACCAUCUCCGGGGAACGCUUCACCGCUGCCGUCCAUCGAUGGCCGUCGUUUGACGGGGCCAACUGCGAAUGCUGAGCAGGCUAGUGAGGUUGGGGCCCGCCCUCAGUCUCCGCUCAUUGGCCGCUGGAUGGAAUUAAGGUGAAUGGAGCCCAUUUCCAACGUCGAGGACCCCAACUCAUCAGAGGGAGAUGAGAAACGGUGGCCUGAUGGCCCAAAAAGGAAGAGAAAGAACAGCACAUGUUCGGUGAAGAGCAUGUCUGCACUGAGCCUCUCUGUCCAAGGAUACAUCCCCAGCUACUUGGAGAAGGAUGAGCCGUGUGUGGUAUGUGGAGACAAGGCCACCGGCUACCAUUACCGCUGCAUCACCUGCGAGGGCUGCAAGGGUUUCUUCAGGCGCACUAUCCAGAAGAACCUUCACCCGGCUUACUCCUGUAAGUACGAUGGCUGCUGCAUCAUCGACAAGAUCACAAGGAACCAGUGCCAACUGUGUCGCUUCAGGAAAUGCAUUGCAGUUGGCAUGGCCAUGGACCUGGUGCUGGACGACUCUAAGCGGGUAGCCAAGCGGCGUCUGAUUGAGGAGAACAGGGAGAAGAGGAAGAAGGACGAGAUUGUGAAGACCCUGCAGACGCGUCCGGAGCCCGACAGCUCGGAGUGGGAGCUGAUUCACCAUGUGACAGAGGCCCACCGCCACACCAACGCGCAGGGCUCCCACUGGAAACAGAAACGCAAGUUCCUGCCUGAGGACAUAGGUCAGUCCCCCGUGGCUCCCACCCCGGAUGGAGACAAGGUAGACCUGGAGGCCUUCAGCGAGUUCACCAAGAUCAUCACCCCUGCCAUCACACGCGUCGUCGACUUUGCCAAAAAACUGCCCAUGUUCUCAGAGCUGCCUUGUGAGGACCAGAUCAUCCUAUUGAAAGGCUGCUGUAUGGAGAUCAUGUCGCUGCGUGCCGCCGUGCGCUACGACCCAGAGAGCGAGACGCUUACCCUGAGCGGCGAGAUGGCGGUGAAGAGGGAGCAGCUGAAGAAUGGCGGGCUGGGCGUGGUGUCGGACGCCAUCUUUGAUUUGGGCAAGAGUCUGGCACAGUUUAACCUGGACGACUCGGAGGUGGCCCUGCUGCAGGCUGUGCUCCUCAUGAGCUCAGAUCGCUCGGGCCUGACGUCAGUAGAUAAGAUCGAGAAGUGCCAGGAGACGUACCUGCUUGCCUUCGAGCACUACAUCAACCACCGCAAGCACAACAUUCCCCACUUCUGGCCCAAGCUGCUGAUGAAGGUGACAGACCUGAGGAUGAUCGGGGCGUGCCACGCCAGCCGCUUCCUCCACAUGAAGGUGGARUGUCCCAACGAACUCUUCCCUCCGCUCUUCCUGGAGGUCUUCGAGGACCAGGAAGUAUGAACUGACUUCUGACCUGGAAGAGAUGGAAGAGAGAGGGGGGAAUUAUUAGGGGAAAAGAAAAGGGGUAAAAAAUUGGCCGCUUUCUUUGUUUUGUGAAACACUAUCACCACCACCAGCAACACGGAUAGUCACCAACAAAAAAGUCUCAGAGAAAAACAAAGGCUUUCUUUUGCGUAGCCGUUUUGAUGAUUAGUUUCUGGCCGCACUUAGGGCUCUUGUGGCUGCUGGGCCCCACUUUGAGUUGGGGUGUGGGGCUCCCCUCUAAAGUGGGGUUCUCUGGCUGCGCUGUGYGUCUGUAUCUAACAGAGAAGCUAGCAGCCCUGAGCGGUGUUCUGCUCCUGUGUUGUUAUACACCAGGUGCACAUGUAUGCAAACCCAAACCCCCGAGGUCUGGUUGGAGUACUGGUACUGGUGGAGCUCUGUGUUAGUGGRAGGCAAUCGCUCUGAGAGGCAGACAAACAUACACACGUACAUUCACAGACAUUCACAAACCUUUACGAAAUCAAACCUCACACAUAAAGCCACUGAUGUACAUCUUACAUUCACCUAACACACACMCACUACUAUAGACAAACAUAUUCCUACAUGGGACUGACGUAGCUUUUCAGAGCCGCCCGUCACUCGAGCAGGACAGAUAGCUGCUGUAUUUUGUCCCACAAUCAAGUUUCCAUCAGAGCCUCCCCCCUCCAACCUGCUCCCCUCUUUGGCCUCCUCACCGUCCUCCACUGGGACAGUUACCAAGUGUUCCCCCACACUUCUCCCUUUUGAACUCUUCCCUUCCUCCCCCUGAUGUGCAGCCAAGACGUUUACUUGUGAACCUACCUCCCUGUACCUUACAUACCUCCCUUACACAGAGUUACACAUACACCUCCCUUUAGGACAAUGCAAACACACACACCUAUUUAUGGAUACAAACAAUAUCCAAUUUGUUGUGCGAAGGUGCAAGUGUACCUUCAUGUAUAUACACAACCCUUUACCCUCAUACAUACAAGUACUGUAUACCUAUCUUACUGCAUGUAUACAGUACACCGGUCUACCUGCAUGCACAUAUACCUCUGUACCUGCGUUAUAUACCCACUGGUUUACCUCCAUGUACUUCUCAUCCUAUACAUACCUGUCUACCUGAAUACAGCCAUACCUCUUUAACCAUAUAUAUAUAUACAGUAAACAUAACCUUCUGCCUGUGUAUAUGGGUACCUCUCAUCUAUACAUACCUCUCUGUGUGUACACACACAACAAUAGUUUGCUGUUCUUUUACCUCGUAUGACAGUUGCUCCUCACCUAGGUUGUGUCAUUCCACCCGUCCCAAACCUCCACUACAUCUCCCGAUUGGACUGCACUGCACUUCCUGGUUGCAGACUGUGUGUGUUUCCUCUGUUGCCCUGCCCAUCACACAGGACUCCUGCCCCCUCUGAUGUGGGAUUGGUUGAGGGACGGGGAGAGGUGUCGCUUACCUCGCCGGUGGUUACACCACAGGCCCCACCUCCAAACUGACAGAUUCUACCUCGCCUCUCUUAUCAGUGUAGAUGCCCCUCUGAGUGCAAAACACAUAUACUUCCACAGUUGCCAAUAUGGACUUGUUUGGUCCCCCUACUACCCUGUUCAGUAUGGUUAUAUGACCCCAUGAAAUGGGAGAGGCUGCAGAACAACAUGCAUAGCAGUCUUUAUCUUUUACACUUUUCUUUUUGAAGUAUUUUUAUCACACAGGACCAAGUCUCAUAAUGGAUUCCCCCAUCUAUCUAUGUUCAAGACAAACAACAAACCCACUGGCGGUAUAAAGAUUCUGUGUCUGACAAACUCAAAGGAAACUUUCUUUCUUAGGAAAAGACAGACCGUACACCUUGGAAGCCAACUGAGCUCGAUGGAUGGGCCAAAGCAUUGUUAUUGUAGACGUUGUUAUUGUGGUAAACAAACMCGAAAAAUACUCUAAUCUCUAACUCAGUUCAGUAGUAUUCACCUGUGGAUGGAUACCCUGGUUCUCAAUGUGGCAGGUCCAGAGACGAGACAAGAAUGAGAGGCCCAGCCAAUGCAACCUGCCACAUAAUGUACUUUUUACAGCACCGUUCACAGUAGCAACCCCCUUUCUCCUAAAGUGUGGAGAAAGGGUUGCCCCAGAGAGCCACAAAGCCUUUGAGAUGAUUCUCUGACUGUCCUCUCCACACAUCCAAUCCUACACCCAGCCAGCUCUGCGCUUUCUCUACAUGUCCCCCCUCCUCUCUCCUUCAAAGCCAUUGACAGUUGUUUGUUUUGCACUAAAGGGAUGUCUCCCCCUGUAUUUUCCCUAUAUAUGCGCCGUGUUGCGAUACAAUCCAGAUCACCACCGCUCCUAAUACAAUACCUCCCCUCUCCUGCAGUCUUACCCUAAUCCCUAGCUUCAGCCCGGUGCCUAACAUUCUGUCACAACACACACACACACACACACACACUCUCUCUCAGUAUUACCACAAGGGGAUUUAAAGGAACCUAGAUGCUCUUAACUGUAUGGAAAAUAGGAUGUCAUUCAAACACAUGCGCGGCGAUUGAAAAAGAGAUGCCGAUCUCAAUGUGACUUUCCUACUUAAAUAAAGGAUGCAUAAAAACAGAAAAUAUGCAGCAUAAUGAUAAUCAACUCUGUCACUGUGAACGAGCCAGGCUUUGACCAGACGGUUGGUUUGGAUAAGGUGUAGAAGAGGGUUKGCUUUUUAGCUGUGAACGACAUGGRAAUGUUCCCCAGAGGGGUCGUGAUUAACAACAUGUCGAAGAAAGGGGAGCUUUCCCACACAGCUAGUGGUCCCUAGACUACUGACAAUCUCACACAGAAUCACUCACCAGCACCGCAGAGCACACUGCCUUCAGACACCAUCAAAUCGCACCAGCACAGCAGAUGGAUCCUCAGGCUCUCGCUAGCCAUCCUCGUGUCAGGAGAGUGUGUAUACAAUCAACCGACAAAUGUUAGCUUAGGUAUGUCCUUCCACGCUACCACCACACCUCCCAUUCUCCACACUGUUCCUAUUGCACCACCUUAACUAACCACACUACUAAACCAGGGAUAUCAUGUACAUUCUGGAACUCAACACGUUUCUUCCCUGACACCCAUUCACUUCUUUAAAUGGAGACUCUCCAUCGAACAUGCUUCUUAGUCCAGGACUAGACUUCAUCUGGGUCCAGGAAACUAGCCCCAAUCUCCCCCUCCCCGUUAUGGCAAUCCCAUGCUUUGCCCUCACUCGCUUUGAACCUCCCCAUAACCCCUUCCUCCCCACAACAUGGCUGUCUCGCUCCCCUCUGAACAUCCAAUCGAACCCCAACCAAAAGUAGCACUUUGAGAACUUCGAGGAACGGAAAUCCCAGGUACAUGAAUGAUAUGUCGUUGUGAGGAAUGUAAAAAAAAAAAAAAAA